CUAUGGGGAAAAGGAAGACCGAGCAGGUGUCCAGCAGGACUCGGCAGCCUCUCGGGCCCGUCGCCCGGGCAUGGCUGGUUUUCUACAACGCCGCCCAUGCAGUCGGGUGGUCAUACGUGUUGCUCCUGUUCCUCCGCCAUCUUCUCCACACCCUCCCUUCUCCCACCUGGUACGAGGGUGUGUAUGGGGCCGUCAAGGAUCCUUUGAAAGCUUUUCUUCCACUGAGCCUCAUCUUCGAGGUUCUGCAUGCGGCCACAGGACUCGUCCCUUCCGGUGUCGUUCCCACCGCCUUGCAGAUGUCUGCUAGGGUCUUUAUGGUGUGGGGCGUGGCUCAUCUCGUUCCCCAGAUCCAGACGACGGCGUACAUCUCCCUGUUCGUGGUGCCGUGGUGCCUGGCAGAGGUGACCCGGUAUCCCUACUACGUCACGACCGUCCUGGGGAUCAAGUCACAGGGGCUGCUCUGGUGCAGGUACUCCUUCUUCAUAGUGCUGUAUCCAAUGGGGGCGUUUGGAGAGGUGUUGACCAUGUAUGCAGCCUUGAGCCCCAUCAAAGAGGGCGCUCUAAAUCUUGCAGGGAUUCCAUCAAGCCUCCAGGGGGCGUUCCAGUAUUACUACUAUCUCGUUCUAGCAUUCCUGCUGGCCUGGGCACCAUGCUGGUGGCCAAUCUACAUGCACAUGUUCCGUCAGAGGAAGAAAGCGUUGGGCCGACCCGGGACGAAGGAGGAAUGAGCAAA